AUGGGGGAAGAGAGGUACCUGUUUGAUGUGUACAAGUGUGAUUCCCUGCCAUCUGCCAUGGAUGUGGAGGAACUGCAUAGGGCGAGCAAGGAGAAGGGAUGUGAGGUGAUCAAGGAGUGGGCGCGCAGCAUCAAAAAGCACUUAUACUGGUGCGCCCUAUCGACGGCACAAGGGUUUGGGGAUGUGAUUGUCGCCAAGUGGACCUCCAUCGUCAGACAUGUUGCUAACAAACAUGACAACCACCCCAACGCGACCUUCCCAACAUGUGCUCAUGAGCCAGUGGAACAGGAGAGGAAGUGGAUUUUCAGCGGAAGCCUAGCCCAUGACAAGCUGAAAGCCAUUUUUUCUGAAGUCACAGAGGCUGAAGGACAUCAGGAGGCUUCCUGCAGAGGCGCAGACAAGCUGCCCUGAAGGCUUCCACUCCACGCUAAA